AUGUGUAUAAGAACAGUAAUACUGUUUACUGUUGCGCUCGUCAUAUCUACCAAAUGUGUAACAGGCUUCUUGACUGAUCCGGAGGAAUUUUUGAAGCUUGACCUGGCCAUGAGAUUGUUGUCUGGUAAACCGUUAGUGGACUCUUUUAGAGACUUGUUUCCUCAUCCAUUUUUCUCUGAUCCGGUUACGACUCGUAGAGAUUCCAAAGAUCCAGAGCCAACGACUCAAGCACCACCAACCACAACGAUUUCACUCCUGUCAUUACCCCACAUAUCAGAAAAUACUCAAUUUUCAUAUCAACAAUAUUCCGCAGCACUCAACUACUCCACAUCGGUAUCUGAACCAGCGAAAGUCGCCUUCUCAACUGAUCAUUUACAAAACAAUGAUCCCGGAAACCAACAAUUUAGUAGUCAAUCGAACCAGCAAUUCAAUAGUCAACCGAUCAAGAAAUUCAAUAGCCAGCCAAACCAACAAUUCAAUAGUCAAUCGAACCAACAAUUCAAUAGUCAAUCGAACCAACAAUUAAAUAGUCAAUCGAACCAACAAUUCAAUAGUCAAUCGAACCAAAUAUUUAAUAAUCAACAGAACCAGCAAUUCAAUGAACAAUCUAACCAACGAUUCGGUGACCAAUCGAACCAACAAUUUAGUGAUCAAUCGAACCAACAAUUCAAUAUUCAGUGGAACCAAAAAUUCAAUAGUCAAUCGAACCAAAAAUUCAAUAGUCAAUCGAACCAACAAUUUGGUGACCAAUCGAACCAACAAGUCCAUAUUCAGUCGAACCAACAAUUCAAUGGUCAUUCGAACCAACAAUUCAGUGAUCAAUCGAACCAACAAUUCAGUGACCAAUCGAACCAACAAUUUGGUGACCAAUCGAACCAACAAGUCCAUAUUCAGUCGAACCAACAAUUCAAUGGUCAUUCGAACCAACAAUUCAGUGAUCAAUCGAACCAACAAUUCAGUGACCAAUCGAACCAACAAUUCAAUAUUCAGUUGAACCAACAAUUCAAAAGUCAAUCGAACAAACAAUUCAAUAUUCAGUCGAACCAACAAUUCAAAAGUCAAUCAAACAAACAAUUAAGUGACCAAACGAACCAACAAUUCAAUAGUCUAUUGAACCAUCAAUUCGGUGACCAAUCGAACCAACAAAUCAUUAGUCAAUCGAACCAACAAUUCAAUGGUCAAUCGAACCAAAAAUCCAAUGGUCAAUUGAACCAACAAUUCAAUGACCAAUCGAACCAACAAUUCAAUAUUCAGUCGAACCAAAAAUCCAAAAGUCAAUCGAACCAACAAUUCAAUGACCAAUCGAACCAACAAUUCAAUAUUCAGUCGAACCAACAAUUGAAUAGUCAACCGAAUCAACAAUUCAAUGGUCAAUUGAGCCAACAAUUCAAGGGUCAAUUGAACCAACAAUUCAAUGGUCAAUUGAACCAACAAUUCAGUGACCGAUCGAAACAACGACUCAGUGACCAAUCGAACAAACAAUUCAGUGAACAAUCGAAACAAUUCAAAAGUCAAACGAACCAACAAUUCAGUGGUCAAUCGAACCAACAAUCCAAUGGUCAGUCAAACCAACAAUUCGAUGACAAAUCGAACCAACAAUUCAAUGGUCAAUCGAACCAACAAUUCAAUAGUCAAUCGAACCAACAAUUCAAUGGUCAGUCAAACCAACAAUUCGAUGACCUAUCGAACCAACAAUUCAAUAGUCAAUCGAACCAACAAUUCAAUGGUCAAUCGAACCAACAAUUCAAUGGUCAGUCAAACCAACAAUUCGAUGACCAAUCGAACCAACAAUUCAAUAGUCAAUCGAACCAACAAUUCAAUGGUCAAUCGAACCAAAAAUUCAAUGACCAAUCGAACCAACAAUUCAAUAUUCAGUCGAACCAAAAAUCCAAAAGUCAAUCGAACCAACAAUUCAGUGACCAAUCGAACCAAAAAUUCAGUGAUCAAUCGAACCAACAAUUCAGUGAUCAAUCGAACCAACAGGUUAAUAGUCAAUCGAAACAACAAUUCAAUAGUCAAUCGAACCAUCAAUUCAAUAGUCAAUCGAACCAACAAUUAAAUAGUCAAUCGAACCAACAAUUCAAUAGUCAAUCGAACCAACAAUUCAAUAGGCAAUUGAGCCAACAACCAAUUUGGAAACAAAACGAGUGGGUCAAUGGACAGACAGCUCAGCAGUUCACUAAUCAAGCAAUCCAACGAGUCAAUGGGGUACCAAUCAAGCAAUCUAAUGGACAACCAAAUGACUUUAUAAGUAGACUAAAUCAUGCAAAUGGGCAACCUUAUCAGCUACCCAAUACAGAACCAAAUCAGCUAAAUGGUCAACUGAAUCAAUUCAAUGGACAAUCCAAACAACAACCCAACACUCAACUAAAUCAAUUCGAUGGACAACAGCUUUAUCAACAACCAAAUAAACCCAAUGAACAACCAUCCAGCCAGAGCUUUACGCUUACAAAUAAUCCAUCUGCGGUUCACUUACCCAACACACAAUCAGCCAUUGAUCAAUCAGGUUUGACAAAAGCUUUAAAAUUCUUGAAAAAUUAUCGAAAACUGAAUCCAAAUUCAGGUAAAAUUGUUUCACAACAACCAAAAUCUGAACUUCAAGCAUUUGGAGCUGUACCGUAUCAAAAGCCGCAUGAAAACCAACCAGUUAUGUACUCAAAUCACUAUUACCAAAGACAACAAUACCAAACGGAUCCCGGCGCAUCAACACCUUCUAAACCUUAUGGUCAGAGUGCAAUGUACAGACAACCAAAUUUUUCGAAUCAGUACUACUCAAAUACAUAUACUUAUCCCAGUUCACAAAGCCAUACUUUCCAUGAUCCUGUAAUUAGCCCUGGGCCUUAUCAGAAUGUUAUGUAUCACCAGUACGAGCGUCCUUAUCAGCCCACGAUACAGACUAAUUACCAACCAGUCCAACCAAUCCCUGAUACUGGAAUUCUGAUCCGGGCAGGCGAAGGUAUCCCGAUUCCAAGUUCUUCAAGUGUUCAACCACAGUUUAAUUACUCUGAUGCACCCACAAAUCCCGUUCAAUAUAUUCAGCCAACUCCACAAAUCGAUACCAGGUCAUACUAUCCUACAUCUUCAGCAGAUAAUGUUCCCAUAGUACACCAGAUGUCGCGGUAUCAAAAUGCUCCACAGACGUACACCCAACAAGAAUACUCUGUGGCUGCUACACCGACAAACCAAAGCCCACAAGCUAUGUACUUGCCAGUGAAUCAACCACGGUCUAUCAAUUUUUAUCCGACAGUGUCACAACAAAACUUCAUUCAGCAACCGCAUCUACAACUAACUCCACCGCCACCGACUACUGCAUCUCCAGCAUACCAACCAGAAGUUGAAAUAGAAAGCCCAGAGAAUCCAUCAACCACACCAACUCCAAUCACUACUACCCAGCUGCCUCUUUUCAUACACAAUGUUCUGCCCGCUUUGCCAACGGAGAUCAGCGCUUUAAAGAUGAUGCAACCUAACCAACCCAAGCCACGGUCGCCAACCAGAGAUCAGUUGGCCUAUCUAAGUCCUGAAUUUCAACACAGUUUACAUCUGAGAGGAUAUUGA